CAUCGGAUCAGGAUGUUUGUUCUCAUCUGGACGGCUCUGCUCUUCUCUGUGAGAGACGUCACUGCUGACACAGGAGAAUCAGUGAAGGGAUUACAACGAUGUGACAGAGGAUUCUGUAUCACUCUCAGUGAAGGAGAAAUCACAGCAGAGGCUGGACUCUGUGUUGUGAUACCGUGUUCUUUCACUACUGGUCAUGGCUUUACACUCCAACAUAUGAUGUGGUUCAAAUGUGAACCACCUAAAACCCAAUGUGGAGACGUAGACAUUAUACUCCACACUAACAAGAAUAACAAAAAAGUUCAGUCUGAGUUCUUAGGACGAGUUUCACUGUUGGAGCCUGACGUGAUGAAGAGGAACUGCAGCAUCAUCAUCAAUAAUCUCACUGAGUCCGACUCUGGAUUUUAUCAACUCAGAGUUCAUGGUGUCAAGUAUGGUAAAGAAGACGGAUUUACAUUCUCUACAAGAGCAACUGUCUCUGUUAAAGCUCUUACCCAGAAGCCCUCAGUGCUGAUUCCUCCUCUGACUGAGGGGCGGAAGGCCACACUGACCUGCACUGCUCCUGGUCUCUGCUCUGGUUCUGAUCCAGAAAUCACCUGGAGGUGGAGAGGAGCAGGAGAGAAGGACUCUCACAUCACAGGAAACAUCACUGGUGUCACACAGAGACGCAGUUCAACGUUGACCUUUAACCCUUCAGCUGAACACCACGGCACCAACGUCACCUGUAAGGUCAGCUUCACAAGCAGCAUCACUACAGAGGAGACAGAGACUCUGAGUUUGGCCUGGUUUUCAAACAUCUCAAAAAGCUCCGGGUGUGAGGUCCAGUCGGGGGUCCUGACCUGUGUGUGCGUCAGCGAGGGGUUUCCUCUUCCCACCAUCACAUGGCCGCUGUUGGAGUCUCACGCUGAGCACUCUGUCACUACCAAUAAGUCAGGCCGCAACGUCGUCAGCGUCACUGUUUCUGUGAAGGAUCGCAACUACACCACUGUCGAGUGUGUCAGCAGCAAUGCACUCUGGGAAGCAAAAGAAAACCUCACGGUCAGCAGAAUAAAGGAGUCGAAACUAGACGAUCUGCGCUACACAUAUUUAAUAACCUUCGUACAGCAUCAAGUCAUCGUUGCCUUUCUGAUUGGGACAUUCCUUUCAGCUGCCACUUGCUGUUUGGCCCUAAAAUGCUGCAGAAGUAAACAGAAGAACUCUGGUGAUACGGCUGAGGCUCUGGAGAUGGUGACGACUCGAAGGCUUGCUCUGAUCGAUGCCGGUCAAGGAGUGGAAGGCGACCAAGAGAAGUCUGAAGAAGGAGCUCAGGCUGCCGGCGGUGACGUGGAGCCAAGAGAGGCGGAGUACUCCGACGUCAAGUUUUACUUGCUGAAAAGGAAGAGUCCCACAGGGGAAGAGGUCAUACAAGAGACCACAUACUCAGAGUAUGCCGAGAUUAAGAAAGAGAACAGGGCGGAGGGCAGGAAAGAGGAGGAAGAGAUGAUCGGGGAAGAGAAGGAGGCAAAACGGUGUAUGCCGAAGAAGGAGGGAGGGCAGGAUGUGGCAGUGUACUCCAAUGUGAAUGAAAUAAUGGCUGAGGAAGAAGGACUGUGAAGCUUGGUGGAGUGACUGGGAAAUUAACUAUUUCCCCAAAGGUUGCAGAUGUUGGAGGAAGCAAAUAAGUACAGUUAAAAAAAGUGAGAGAAGAAGAAUAGUGAAAGUAAUGUGUUGUCAGUACUUAAAUAUGUAUAGGCUAAAAGAAGUGGACAGAUGUUAGGCACAGGUGUGUUUUAAAGGGGUUCUUGGCAGAAAAGAGAUGGGACGGCAGAGCAAUUAAGGUUAUAUUGCUAUAUAUUAUAUGUGUAGCCGUGGCUCAUGAAGUAAAGCGGCCGAGUGGUCCAGUAUAAUAGCAGACAGACACUGGACCCUGAAUGUGUCAUUUGUUUGAUAGAAUCUGAUUUAAAUGCUGUUUGACGUGAUCUGUACGAAGUAUUCAAACGUAUCGAUGCCUGUCAGAGUAUCCUCAGUGCUCUGCUGGGCCUGUUUGCAGGUGCAUUUUGUUGUUGUUGUUGUUGUUGCUUUUUAGCUUUGCGCACAAAUAAAGCUCAUUCCUGCAAUG